UUUGACUGUAGAUAAACUUCGUAGAGCCCGGUUACCUUUCAUUCAUCGAAUAGGAAAAUGGCGUCCUAUGCUAUUGCACGUCUUUUAUCGAGAAAUACCGGUGUCUUUAGAAAUUCAGUCGUCCGGUUGCAUUUAUGUGGAGUUAGCGGACAACUUACAUGUUACGGAAAAUUACUUAACCGUUCAAGAGAACAUGUCGUACCUUUUAUAUCGCAGGAUAUAGAAGAGCUACGAGUCAAGCAGGUGCGCCUCUACAGCUCCAAGCCUCCAUUAACACUUGAUAUAAUUCGUCAGCGGGUGCUUUUAUUACUCAAUUUGUAUGAUAAAAUUGAUCCCAAGAAGUUGUGCUUGGAAUCUCAUUUUAUAAAUGAUUUGGGUCUUGAUUCCUUGGAUCAUGUAGAGGUUAUUAUGGCUGUAGAAGACGAAUUUGGAUUUGAGAUUCCUGAUAUGGACGCGGAAAAAUUAUUAACGCCUGGACUUAUAGUGCGUUAUGUUGCAGAUAGAGAAGAUAUUUACGAGUAAAAAAAUAUAUUUAUGAGAUUACAUUAGUAACAGCUCAUCAUUAUUUGUUAAAACAGGUAACAAUCAUGAAACCUUUUUUUAUGGCUGCUCAGAGAGUAACCAAAGUACCUGUUUUUUCUGUAUAUAGGCCAAUGAUCAUUAAAUAAAUAAGAUAAUCUAAUCGUUA